GUGGACUUUGCAGAUCCCUACAUUGGCGGUGAAUUUCUUCGCUUCGGUAACGUCCAGGAGGAACUGAUGUGCUGCAUGCAACCGGAGAUCCUGGCUGGUCGCCUCUUCAUGGAAUGUCUCCUGCCGCGAGAAGCCGCCCUCGUCAUUGGCGCCGAGAGAUUCUGCAGCUGUACAGGUUAUGCCCGCCAUCUAGCGUGGGCAGAAGAUUUUAGGGAAGCUGAUCAUGGCACUGUUCGAGACGCUCGUGGUCGAUGGAAUAAGUUUAUCGUAGCGAUUGACGCUACCCGCCUUAAAAUUUCUUCUGCACAAUUUCAAGAAUCCUACCUCUGUCGCGAAUUAAAUAAGGCUUUCAUUGGGUUCACUGACAUGGCGGCUCCUUACGAACGCCUACCGAGCACCGUUGUCAGUGGCAACUGGGGCUGUGGUGUUUUCAGGGGCAGUAAAGCCCUCAAAGCGUUACUUCAACUCAUGGCAUGUGCUCAGGCUAGGAAAGCUCUGGCAUACUCUACCUUUGAGGACGAGUCCUUGGAAAAAGAACUUUAG